AUGGGUUAUUCAAUGGCGACUAGAUUUUUAUUACUGGUUAUAUUUUCUAUCUAUCUAUCUAUCUAUCUAUCUAUCUAUCUAUCUAUCUAUCUACUUAAUCAUUUGAGCCCGGUCCGCGGACCACCGACUACUGAUCCGCAGAUCACAAACUACCGGUCAACAGACCACCAACUACCGAUCCGCAGAUCACAAACUACCGAUCCGCAGACCACUAUCUACCGGUCCGCAGACCACAAACUACCGGUCCGCAGACCACAAACUAUCGGUCCGCAGACCACAAACUACCAGUCCGCAGACCACAAAUACCAGUCCGCAGACCACAAACUACCAGUCCGCAGACCACAAAUACCAGUCCGCAGACCACAAACUACCAGUCCGCAGACCACAAACUACCUGUCCGCAGAUCACCAGCUACCGGUACGCAGACCAUCAACUACCAAUCCGCAGACCACCAGCUACCAGUCCGCAGACCUCCAGCUCCCGCUCCGCGGACCACCAACUAUUGGUCCGCAGUCGGUAUCCAGGCCAUGCUAA